AUGUCUCGGCCCGAAAAUGAACGCAACGUCUGGUCUAGAUCGUCGUCGGUUAGUGUCGCAUCGACAAAUGGAUCGGAAUCAUAUUUAGAUCCGGCGGACGGAUCCAGAAGGAUGGGGGCCAUUUUUGAUGCCGUUAUGGACGGGAGCGACGAGACCCAGCUGGCGGACACUACCAUAAAAAAACCAAACAAGGGCAAACAGCCGCUCGAUGGUCGUCACGCUGGGACGCACGAAGAACACCGUCCCGCUCAAUCUAGCUCGAAUCAACUCCCUCAAACGUCUGGAGGUUAUCAUCAUUCACAAUACCACCGACACCACGCGCCUCAUCAAGUCCCUCGAUCUACCGCAGAAAAGGAGUAUCAGGAAUUCCAAGAGGCGAAAGUUCGCCUAGAGCAAGCGAAAUUGAUUAGUCAAACGGUUUCGAACAUCAACCAACGUUGGAAACCUGAAAACAUCCUAUGCGCGGAUGGAUCGAACUUUGCCUUGUGGACCCGCGAACUCCGAGAGACGGGAGUGUCGCAUCUAUCCGAUGCGAACUUUUUCUUCAGUCCGUGCGACAACUCGACAUUUGAGAAGAUCGGUCGCCUCGUUAUCUUUGCGAGUGUCCACCAGGAUCUUGUCCCGGACAUCCAGCCUCUAGGGAAAACCGUCGACAUCUAUGAAUACCUGAAGAAAAAGUUCACGUCUAACUCUCGCGCAGCACAGAUGAACAUCUGGCGAAGACUGAACAGUUUGACCAUCAAGCAUUCUGAACCGUCGACCGGCCUGGUUGCACAGGUGCGAGAUCUGUACACCGAGCUCAAAAGCCUCAACGGUCGUCUCUGCUCGGAUGUAGUGUUCGGUUUUCUGUUCCAAACAGCCGUAAUGCAAUCAGCGGCGCCUUUCAAGAAGGAGUUUGAGCAACGAGUCGAAAACGCCAUUCAGAAUGAUGCAACAAAGUCUUUUCCGAAAUUUGAGGCUAUUGUGCAUAACUAUAACAUAUGCCAAAAGCAGUGGAUCGAGUACUCAUCGCAACCCUCAGCUGCAUUAGGACCCCAAAUGCCGUCGGUCAUGGAGGCGGCGACGGACCCAGAUGACUUUGAUUUUGACGCGUUCCUAGCCGAUGUUCCGGAAGACACCUGGACGGAGGCUCUGGAGUUCUACGCAGAGACGGCAAUCAAGUGCUGGCAGUGCAAAUCACCGGGACAUUACGCUCGAGAUUGCCCACAACGCGCUGGAGACCAUCAAGCAGCAAAGAGGCGAGGUGGAUCAUUUGGUCCUCAGCACCAGGCAAAUUCCCACCGGCAACAGCGUGUUAGCGCACCACUACGGCCGCUGCGCUACGCUAACUUGUAG